AACAUUUUCACCGAACCAUCUUGACGUCACUUCUUAUGAGAAUUUGUCAUUAACAAACCAGAUAUCAUGGAUGAUACCCUGUUCCAACUCAGAUUUACUACCAAACAGUUAGGGAGGUUGGCUACCAAGGCUGAAAAAGAACAAAAGAAAGAACAAGCAAAAGUUAAAAAGGCUAUAGCACAAAAGAAUAUAGAAGGAGCUCGAAUAUAUGCUGAAAAUGCAAUAAGAAAAAAGAAUGAAGGUUUAAAUUAUUUACGAAUGGCAGCACGAGUAGAUGGAGUGAGCGCUAGAGUACAAACUGCAUUAACAAUGAAAGGGAUUAUGAAGAAUAUGGAAGGUGUAACAAAAGCAUUAGAUAAAGCCAUGUCAUCCAUGGACUUGGAGAAGGUAGAACAAGUAAUGCAGAAAUUUGAGAAACAGUUUGAAGAUAUAGAUGUCAGAACUUCUACAUUGGAAAAUUCUAUGGGAGCAGCAAUGACAAUGUCAACACCUCAAGAUCAGGUAGAUCAAUUAAUACAGCAAGUAGCAGAAGAGGAAGGCCUAGAAAUGAUAGACCAAUUAAAAGACCUCAACCCCAGCACAUCAUCCAUCAGUGCAUCAAAAACAGCAGAACACCAGAAAGAAGAUGAUUUAUCUCGAAGAUUGCAGUCGUUAAGGAAUUAAUCAUGGACUUUUUUACAUAGUUUAGUCAACAUACUAUUUAUACUGUUACACGAAGGAUCACUGACAAUAAUCACAUCUAAUUACAAUGUAUUAAUUUUAUAUACCUGUGUGUGAUAUAAAUAUUACACAGCCAAGUAACAUGGCUGUAUUUGAUUGUGUGUUAUCUUUUACUGACAAGAAAGAUCUUACAUUUAUUUUGCAUUGAAUGCAAAAAAAUUGUUGAUGAGAUGAAAGAAGAUUGAAAAUAUCUGCUUUGUAUUUGAAUGAAAAAAUUGAACUUUGAGUAAUGUCGCAGAUUUAGAGAUGUCAAUUUUAUUUAAACAAAGUAUUGGAGUAUUAACCUUGGUUAAUAAGUGAUUCUCAUACUCUUGAUCACAGAUAUGUAUAUAAAUGGAGAUAAGUUCAGUUUUAAGAGAUUUCAUAUUCUGAAACAAUUUCCUCUGUGUAAAGUUUUUUAUUAUAAGUAAAUGAACAGGUUACAUCACAAAAGCAAAACUUUUUAUAACAGGAUAAAAUAUAUUAUAACAUUUUAUCAUAUUUGGAAA